CAAUUUGAACAGCUUGCGGCACGACCAUUCGUAAUGGGAGAAGUGAAUUUUAUGCAAGAAGAAGACAUUCGGUUGGAGACAACACGAGCUAGAUUUUCAAAUGUUCUCAAAAGGCAAGGAGAAUUAACAGAGCGUCUUUCUAGGGAUUCUGACAAGACGAUAUUUGAGCGUCUACAAAAAGAAUUUGAGGCUGCUCGUGCUUCUCAAACUGAAGAGAUUUGUUUAGAUGGUGAAGAAUGGAAUGAUGGGCUAUUAGCAACAAUAAGAGAGCGGGUUCACAUGGAGGCGGACAGAAAGGCACUGCCAGGGGAUGCAAACAUGGCAUCAGGUCCUCAUUUUCAGGAAAAAAUUACUUAUAAAGUUGGAAGUAAGGUGAUUUGUUGUUUGGAAGGGGCAAGAAUUGGCAUACAAUAUGAGACUUCUUUUGCAGGAGAACCUUGUGAGCUAUAUCACUGUGUGCUUGAAAGCAAAUCAUUUCUUGAAAAGAUGACCGUCCUUGAACACACUAUUCCCUUUUUCUUACCAGUACGAGAAGCAGAAAAUGAUCUUCUUUCUUCCAAUGCCAUGAAAUUUAUAGAUUAUGUUGGAGAACUUUUGCAGGCUUAUGUGGAUAGGCGAGAACAGGUUCGGCUUAUCAAGGAGUUGUAUGGAAAUCAAAUUAAAGAAUUGUAUCAUAGCCUUCCAUACCACAUGGUUGAGUUUGUACUAGAUGAUUCUGAGUGCAAGGUAACAGUAAGUCUUAGAUAUGCAGAUCUUGUCUCUGUACUUCCAACUCGAAUCAGUGUGUUUGCUUGGCCAUCCAAGAAAAGUAGUACUAAUGCAGCGACUAUGACCAGGAAGGAAAAUGGUGUGCUGGGAAGUCACCAAAAGCCUGCCCGCUUGUCAUAUGCAGAGGAUGCCUUACGAACGAUGAGCUUACCUGAAGCAUAUGCAGAGAUUGUGUUGAAUCUGCCUCGAGCACUUCAGCAAAUACUUCAGCAGAGGAGCCCCACUUAGUGGUGAUCCAUGUACAAAGAUAUAGCAGAAAUUGUACGGGUUAGCUAAUCUAUAACACUUGAAAUGAGAACUCUGUUUGUCUUAUUUCUCAGCAUCAUGAAACCUGAAAUCUGUGUUAUUUACCAACCCAAUAUUGGAAUUUGGUUUGGUUUCA